GUUCACCGCUGGGGGCAGUAACGCACCCGGAAGUCCUCCACGCCGCUGCGAGCCGAGAAGAAGAAGAGGCGCAUGAUGGCAGCUCCCGUGGAUCUGGAACUGAAGAAGGCCUUCUCGGAGCUGCAGGUGAAGAUGAUUGACACGCAGCAGAAGGUGAAACUGGCCGACCUGCAGAUUGAGCAGCUCGGUCGGGUUCAGAAGCACACCAAGCUGACGCAAGCCGAGAUCUCCACGCUGCCUGCCAACACGCGGCUCUACGAGGGCGUCGGCCGCAUGUUUGUCCUGCAGUCCAAGGAGGAGAUCGACGACCUGCUGACCGACAAACAGAAGACKGUAGACGACAAGAUCAAAGAGCUGGAGCAGAAGAAGGUGUACCUGGAGCGCAGUGUCAAGGAAGCAGAGGACAACAUCAGAGAGAUGCUGCUGUCCCGGCGAGCCCACUGACCAAUCACUCACUUCCUGCUCAUAAUAAACUCAUUAAGCUCCG